CCCAGUGCAGUCUCUUCUAGGAAGUCAGGUUCUACCCACCACCUCGCCACCUACAGGCAGAGGUGUGGAUAUUGUACACUCCAAGGACCAGGCCACAGAACCAUGAGCCAGGACAGCAAAGUGAAGACAACAGAGUCCAGCCCCCCUGCCCAAAAAAAGGCCAGGAAGACACUGCCUGUCCUGGACCCAUCUGGAGAUUACUACUACUGGUGGCUGAACACGAUGGUCUUCCCAGUAAUGUAUAACCUCAUCAUCAUUGUGUGCAGAGCCUGCUUCCCUGACUUGCAGCAUGGUUAUCUGGUGGCCUGGUUCGUGCUGGACUACACAAGUGACCUGUUGUACCUACUGGACAUGGUGGUGCGCUUCCACACGGGAUUCUUAGACCAGGGCAUCCUGGUGGAGGACAAGGGUAGAAUAGCGAGUCGCUACGUUCGCACCUGGAACUUCGUAUUGGACCUGGCUUCCCUCAUGCCCACCGACGCGGCCUACUCUAGGCUGGGCCCGCACAUACCCACACUGAGGCUGAACCGCUUCCUUCGUGUACCACGCCUCUUUGAGGCCUUCGACCGCACAGAGACCCGCACAGCUUACCCAAAUGCUUUUCGCAUCGCCAAGCUGAUGAUUUACAUUUUUGUUGUCAUCCAUUGGAACAGCUGUCUAUACUUUGCCCUGUCCCGGUACCUGGGCUUUGGGCGUGACGCAUGGGUGUACCCAGACCCAGCGCAGCCCGGCUUUGAGCGCCUGCGGCGCCAGUACCUCUACAGCUUUUACUUCUCCACGCUGAUCCUGACCACGGUGGGCGAUACGCCGCUGCCCGCCCGCGAGGAGGAGUACCUCUUCAUGGUGGGUGACUUCCUGCUGGCAGUCAUGGGUUUUGCCACCAUCAUGGGUAGCAUGAGUUCUGUCAUCUACAACAUGAACACUGCAGAUGCGGCUUUCUACCCAGACCACGCACUGGUGAAGAAGUACAUGAAGCUGCAUCGAGUCAACCACAGGCUGGAGCGGCGCGUUAUUGACUGGUACCAGCACUUGCAGAUCAACAAGAAGAUGACCAAUGAGGUAGCCAUCUUACAACACUUACCCGAGCGACUGCGAGCAGAAGUGGCUGUAUCCGUCCACCUGUCUACUCUGAGUCGGGUACAGAUCUUCCAGAACUGUGAGUCCAGCCUGCUGGAGGAACUGGUGCUGAAGCUGCAGCCCCAGACCUAUUCACCAGGCGAAUACGUAUGCCGUAAGGGAGAUAUUGGACGAGAGAUGUACAUCAUCCGCGAGGGUCAACUGGCUGUGGUAGCAGAUGAUGGUGUCACACAGUAUGCUGUGCUUGGUGCAGGGCUCUACUUUGGGGAGAUUAGCAUCAUCAACAUCAAAGGGAAUAUGUCUGGGAACCGACGUACAGCCAACAUCAAGAGCCUAGGUUAUUCGGACCUGUUCUGCCUGAGCAAGGAGGACUUGAAGGAGGUGCUGACUGAGUAUCCGCAAGCCCAGACCAUCAUGGAGGAGAAAGGCCGAGAGAUCCUGCUCAAAAUGAACAAGUUGGAUGUGAAUGCUGAGGCAGCUGAGAUUGCCCUACAGGAGGCCACAGAGUCCCGGCUGAGAGGCCUUGACGAGCAGCUUGAUGACUUACAAACCAAGUUUGCUCGCCUACUGGCUGAGUUAGAGUCCAGCGCACUCAAGAUUGCUUACCGCAUCGAAAGGCUCGAAUGGCAGACCCGAGAGUGGCCCAUGUCUGAGUACCUGGCUGAGGCUGAUGAUGAGAGUGAGCCUGGGGAAGAAACUUCCAAGGAUGAAGAGAGAAGAGGUGGCCAAGAGGAACCCCCAGGCCUACCAUGACCCCAGGACUCCCACCUUCAGGUGAAUCCAGAGUUGUAUGAAACCUCUGUCAGCAGAAACUCUGCCAUCAUAUUUGCUAGGUCACAGAGACUUGAGUGAAUUGGUCUGUAGAUGCUCAGAUAGAGAUGUGGAGUAUAACACACAUUCAUCCCCCACUCACCAGGACAG